AUGAAGUUGUCUGUGUUAUUUGGUUGCGUUGGACUAGGCGUUGCUUCGGCUGUCCUCAAGAACUCCCCGACAAAACGGUUCGAAUUAAACCUAACCUGGGGAACGAGAGCGCCCGAUGGAGUCGAAAGACAACAAGUUUUGAUCAACGGUCAAUUCCCUGGACCUCCUCUCAUCCUUGACGAAGGCGACAAUGUUGAGGUGACAGUGAACAAUUUCUUGCCGUUCAACACCACAGUGCAUUAUCAUGGAAUUGAACAACAAGGAACAUCCUGGUCGGAUGGUGUGCCCGGGGUCUCGCAAAGACUAAUUGCCCCUGGAAGGAAAUUCGUUUCUAAAUUUGCAGCAGCGCAAUAUGGAACAUACUGGUAUCACUCGCAUUCCAGAGGACAAAACAUGGACGGCUUGUAUGGACCAAUUUAUAUCAGACCUCGAAACAUUGACGCAAACCUCGCUACUGCGAUAUCGAAUGACACCCAUGCUCAUUCCCAAAUUCAUAAUGCGAUCCAAGAUCCCAAAUUGGUCAUGAUAUCCGAUUGGUUCCACCAAACCUCAGAGGAACUCCGAAACAUUGCACUCGCGGCAGACAUUGACGCACUAUGUGCAGAUUCCGUGUUGAUCAAUGGCAAAGGCAGAGUUCGCUGUGUCGACCCAGGCUAUCUGACUAGUCUGGUGCCCCCUCAGCUUUCACCUCUGCUUCAAGGUCAAAAUUUCACAGCAAAAGGAUGUCUUCCAAUCCACAACACAUAUGCCCAAACGACAUUUGCUCAGCAUAACUAUACCGCAGUCCCACCGUCUAUGUUUGACCAAUGCAAUGCCACAAGCUCCCCAGAAGAAUCAAUUCAAGUGGAUCCUCGAGAUGGCUGGACAAGCCUUAAUCUUAUUGGCUCCGCAGCUAUCUCAAGUCUGACAUUUUCUAUCAACAAUCAUUCCCUUUGGGUAUACGAAGUUGAUGGUCAACAUAUCGUACCCACCAAAGUCGAUGCUGUGACAAUAAGCAACGGAGCCCGCUACUCUGUGCUAGUCCAACUAAACAACACACCCGGCGACUACCGAAUCACAGUAGCCAAUGCAGGAUAUAACCAAAAAUUCGCGGGCUACGGCCUCCUCUCCUACAUCAACGGCGACCCCUCUGUCGUAGGAACCCAGUCUAUCAACUACGGUGGAGUCAGCACAAGCCCAGACGUCGUGCUUCUAGAUGAAACAACCGUCAAGCCACUGAUUCCAAACCAGCCCAGCGAAGAAGCAGACUCGACAUACCGGCUUACGGUUGGGCGUAUUGAGAAGGCCUGGAAAUGGUCUCUCAAUGGAGAUCAAGCGUACGAUUUGUCGCUCGAGUCUGAGAAGCCUAUGCUGUGGAAUCCCCAAUCACAGGCAAAUAGUAGUCUGGUCAUCGCUACGCAAAAUGGUACUUGGGUGGAUAUUAUCUUCGACGUCUCUGGGAGCGCGACCACGCUUCAGCCUGGUCAUCCGAUUCACAAGCAUUCGAAUAUGGUUUAUGUUCUUGGCGCUGGUACUGGCAAGUUCAAUUGGACAUCUGUUGCGGAAGCGAGGAAGGAAAUCCCGGAUUUGUUUAAUCUGGUUAAUCCCCCAAUGAGAGAUACCUUCACAACAAUUCCUGCCUUCCUAGGCCCUAGCUGGAUGGUAGUUCGCUAUCACGUGGAAAAUCCUGGAGCUUUCUUCCUCCAUUGUCACAUUGACCCGCACCUUACAGGUGGAAUGGCACUUGCUAUGUUAGACGGUAUAGAUACAUGGCCUCAGAUCCCUGCACAGUACGGCCCGAACGGCCAUUGGGGCAAAGCAACGAAGUGA